UAAAGAGCACCCAGCAGGAGGAGAUGGAGACCCUAAUCACUAAGAACAACACGUUGAUGAACCAGGUCAACAACACUAUUCUACAGGAUAACCUCAGGACUGAAAAUAAGGAUUUGAGGGUUCAGCAUGAGAAAUUAUCCAGAUCAGUUCUAGAGAGCAAAGAAAAAAUCGUGGCACUAGAAAGAGAAAGAAAUGUUCUUCGGCAGCGCUGGAACACUGAGGCUGGAGAGAAAAUGGGAAUCAAAACCAAACUCAAGGAACUUGUCCAAGAGAAGGAACACCUUCAGAAAAGAUUAAAGGAACGUGAGGCAGGGUUCCUUGAGAUCAGGAACGCUCUGGGAAAGGAGUUGAAGGAGGUGAGGGAGGAGGGGAACAGCUGGAGAAGGAAGGUAGAAGGAAUGGAGGGGAAGGUGACUGCUUGGAAGCUAGAGAAGAGUUCAUUUCAGAGUCAGCUGAGCUCCACUGUAAAGAGUUUAAGCAAGGACAAGUCCUCCCUGAAAAGUAAGAUUUCCAACCUGCAGCUCAAACAGGAGGAACUGAAGCAGAAGAUACAGGAGAUUCAGGAAAAGGUUCAGGAGCAGCAAAACAAGAUUCAUGAGCAACAGGAGAAGAUAGAUAAGCAGCAAAAGAAGAUACAGGAACAGAAGCUUGAGCUGAAUGCAUCUUCGGAAGAGAAGAUUGAGCUAAACACAAGAUUAAAGCAACAGGAAGCAGAUCUGGAAAGAAAUAAAAACAAACUGGAAAAUAUUUUGGCUGCAAACUUGGAGCUUGAGGGGGACCUUAAAACUGGUUUUAAGUUCUCCAACUUUGAUCUUGGUUUGGAAUCCUUACUCCGUACUCCUUUGGAUGAUUUAAGUCUACAAAUAGAUAAUAUAGAUAUACUUAACAACAGGGCUUUCGAAAAACCGGAACAGAAACAACUAAAACAUGAGGAAGAACACGAACAGAAUGAGAUUGAAACACAAGAAGAUUAUGUUGAGAAACAAGAGAAUAUACAAGAACGGGAAGCGAACGAUCUAAAGGACCGUGAAGCCCAAGAGCUGAGAUUUUAUCAGAACUAUUCUGACACUGUUAUCAGGAAAUCUUCGAUAGAAAGCAGCGAUGACGACUUUGUUGUUGAAAUGGACGACACGGCGGACGUUUGCGAAGAACUUCCCGCAGAUCCACUGAAUGAGUCGACAGAGCAUGGGACGGAUUGCGACUGCGCGGAUUGUGACGAUGUCGACUAUUUGCACGGUUUUGUCGACGGAAAACCUUACGGAAUAAAGGAAAUGAUGGAAGACCUCAACACUGAUGAACUAAACCAGUCGGAAUACAACGAACUCAAGAAUUUUGCGAUUGAUACAUCUGAUAAUUCGGAAUAUAAUGAUGAUGUAGAAGAUCUACUUGGAGAUGAUUGAGUUCAUAUAUGAUGAUUGGGAAUUUGAUCUCAAGAUGUUUGAUAAGUGUUAAAAAAAAAAACAGAAUUAAAUUUAAUGUGUUGAAAAUUAUAAAUUAUAGAAACGGGUAUUUCGUUUGUAAUGCUUA